AUGGGAGCUUUCUUACCAUCAAUUCGACAGAAACUGUCAUCAGGACACUCGAGUCUAGAACUAUGCGAACCACCUUUCUUGAUCUUAACUGUGUCGGUUAUUUACAUCACGAUAUAUGCUAUUAUUCUGGCCAUACAGCAGUAUAAAAGGAAACUAGCAACAACCAGACUGUACGAAGACACAUCCACUCCUCAAUACACUCCUCAAUACACAGCAUGGGAUUCUUCUCGGUAUCUUCCACUAGAUUCAUACCCCAAGCCUCUCCACUUUCUAGUUAAAUCAAUUCAACUUCUGGUUGGAUUAAUGGCUGUCUUCAGUAUUAUCCAUGUAAUGUUUAUAUUGUCAGAGAAAAGAAACAUGAAAGUCGAUAUGCCUGCUUAUAUGCUGCCUUCUAAACUGUUGGUGGCCUUCGCAUGGACUAUGAAUUGCAUCAUAGCAACGAACGAGAUCAGAAGACGUGAGAGACUGAGUUACUACGUACAAGGAUUAUGGUAUAUAUUCUUUGCAAUAUGGACAGUAGAAACAUAUCACCGUUUGCGUCACUUUCACAACUGGGCAGGACAUGAUGUUCCCGACGACUGGCAUCAGAACUCUACUCUGAUGGCCAUAUUUUUGCUGCAAUACUCCCUCAAUGUUAUACUAAUUUGCUGUGCAGCUUCAUUGACUAUUGCAUGGAGACAAUCCGUCGAAAGCAUAGGAUACGACCCCAUCCAUGACGAAAACAUCGAUGAGAGAAUAAAUGGUAUAAUAGAUGACGAGGCUGCGUUCAACGAAGAUACCACUAGAACUGCCGAUAGAAUGACGACAGACGACGUCCAUAGCACUCCAUACAACUCUAAAUCAGCAUCAACGGCUGAUGAUCCAAUAUACGCUCCACCAUCAACAAUCGCUGAGUAUUUUAAUAUAUCGAAGAAAUUGCUGCCAUUUCUAUGGCCAAAAGGGAAUUGGACAUUGCAACUCAAAAUCAUAGUCUGUGUGAUAUUACUUGUCCUGGGAAGAAUAGCCAACGCGUUACUGCCGUACCAGAAUAAAGUACUAGUUGACCAGCUAUCAGACAGAGUAUUUGCAUGGGAAUCUAUUUUAAUUUAUGUCGGCUUGAGGUUCCUACAAGGGAGUGUUGGAUUGAUCGAGACUUUACAAUCUUAUCUAUGGAUUGACGUAGGGCAGUUUACUACUCGUGAGGUUUCUGUAAAGAUGUUUGAACAUCUUUUAAAUCUUUCGCUCAGAUUCCACCUUAAUCGCAAAACUGGUGAAAUACUUCGUGUACAGGAUCGUGGCGUGUCUUCGAUUGUGUCCAUUCUAUCUUCUGUUCUCUUUAAUAUUAUUCCCACCCUAGUUGAUAUUACAGUCGCCGUCGUCAUUUGUACUAUUGCCUUUGAUAUAUAUUUUGGUCUUAUUGUAUUCAUCACUAUGGCUUGCUAUAUAGUGGCUACUAUAGUUAUGACUGAAUGGAGAACAAAAUAUAGACGACUGACAAAUACUCUGGAAAAUACUAUGCAGACCAAGGCUGUCGAUUCACUCUUAAACUACGAAACCGUCAAAUAUUAUGCCGCGGAGCCAUUUGAAGUUGAACGAUAUACAGACGCUAUCCUGGCUUAUCAAGCUGCAGACAAGAAAUCUGACAUAACAACGUAUCUUCUCAAUUUAACACAAAACACGGUUAUCCAAGUCGGUCUUCUUGCCGGUUGUCUACUCUGUGCUCGUCGCAUCGUUCGAGGAGACAUGUCGGUCGGAGACUUUGUAAUGUACCUCACUUAUAUACUUCAAUUGUACCAGCCAUUAAAUUGGUUUGGUAAUUACUACAGAGCGCUUCAGAAAAAUUUCGUAGACAUGGAAAAGAUGUUGGAUUUGUUGCAAGAACCACCAGAAAUAAAAGAUUUACAACAGGCUGCACCAUUGGCAGUAAAGAAAGGAGAAGUGGCGUUUGAAAACGUUAGCUUUUCGUAUGAUUCCAGAAUGCCUCUCUUGAAGAAUGUUUCAUUUACAAUACCUAGUGGAUCUACCGUUGCUAUUGUUGGACCAUCGGGAGGAGGGAAGUCGACUAUCUUGCGCCUGCUGUUUCGUUUCUUUGAUGUCCAGAGCGGUCGUAUUCUCGUAGACGGACAGGAUAUACGAUACGUAAAGCAACGUGACUUGCGGAAAAAUAUUGGAAUCGUACCUCAGGAUACUAUUCUAUUUAACGACAAUAUAAGAUAUAAUGUUAGAUAUGGUACAUUUGAUGCAACCGAUCGACAAGUAGAGGAUGCUGCAAGAGCUGCCCAAAUUCACGAUAAAAUUCUCGGAUUUCCUGAUGGCUAUGACACCAACGUUGGAGAGAGAGGUCUGAGACUGAGUGGAGGCGAGAAGCAGCGUGUAGCUAUCGCUAGAACUUUGCUAAAGAAUCCUCAGAUUGUAUUGCUUGACGAAGCGACAUCAGCCCUUGACACCAGUACAGAAAGACACAUUCAAAAGUCAUUACGAAGGAUGACUGUCAAUAGAACUACGCUAACAAUCGCCCACCGUCUCUCGACAAUCGUUCACGCAGAUCAGAUACUUGUGUUCAGACAUGGUGAAAUAAUAGAACGGGGUUCACAUGAUGAACUUAUGCAAAUUGAGAAUGGUGUUUAUUUCAAACUUUGGAAUAAACAACUCAAGCACCACGAAAAACUAAAAAAGGCCAAACGUAUAGCUGGCGUUCCCAGUGUGCCUGUUACUGUUAGCACGUCUGCUGCUGCCGAGUCUGAUACACUUGGAAAGUUUGUAAGAACGGACAGAGAUGCAGUUAACUUGCCUAGAAUAUUGAACAGAAAUGCAUUGAGAAGCGUUGGCGUGACUGGAGUGCCUGGAGUGCCUGGAUUCAUGACUGAGGAUGGGGAUGACGGAGACGAUGAGCGACAAGCUGGGAGCACAUCAUACAAUGAGAGAACUGAUGGAGAGACAGACCAAGAGGCAGGCAGUGGUAAUAGAUGA